AUGGCUGUGAUGAAAAUCACAUGGAGGUCCAUCAUCCCCACCUGUUCCAAGGGUGUUGUGAAACCAGAAGACAAGCCUAAGAAGGAAGUUUCAAAACAAGGUUCAUUUAACAGGCUUGCCAUGUUGGACUUGAGUUAUCCCAGUUCAAUGCUUUCUGAAGAUUUGUCUACCUCGCUCGCCGGUUCAAAUCUUCAUAUUUUCACGCUUGGGGAGCUAAAGUUGAUAACCCAAAGCUUUUCGUCGUGUAACUUUCUUGGUGAAGGUGGGUUUGGACCUGUUCAUAAAGGGUUCAUUGAUGAUAAGCUUAGGCCUGGGUUGAAACCUCAGCCUGUUGCUGUUAAAUUACUGGAUUUAGAAGGUCUGCAAGGACAUAGAGAAUGGCUGACGGAAGUGGUGUUUCUUGCACAAUUGAGGCAUCCGCAUCUUGUGAAGUUGAUCGGAUAUUGCUGCGAAGAAGAACAUAGGCUGCUGGUGUAUGAAUAUAUGCCUAGAGGCAGCUUGGAGAAUCAGCUGUUUAGAAGGUAUUCGGUUUCUCUUCCAUGGACGACAAGGAUGAAAAUUGCUCUCGGAGCUGCCAAGGGUCUGGCUUAUCUCCAUGAAGCAGAAAAGCCAGUCAUUUACCGAGAUUUCAAAGCAUCAAACAUAUUGUUAGACUCUGAUUACAAUGCCAAACUUUCCGAUUUCGGUCUGGCAAAAGAUGGUCCGGAAGGGGAUGACACGCAUGUUUCCACCAGGGUCAUGGGGACACAAGGCUAUGCUGCUCCUGAAUAUGUCAUGACAGGUCACUUGACGGCAAUGAGCGAUGUGUACAGCUACGGAGUGGUACUUUUGGAGCUUUUAACAGGGAGAAGAUCCGUAGACAAGAGCCGGUGUCCAAGAGAAAAGAACUUAGUGGAAUGGGCAAGGCCAAUGUUGAAUGAUCCCAGGAAACUUGACCGAAUAAUGGAUCCUAGACUCGAAGGCCAGUACUCGGAAACCGGUGCACGAAAGGCCGCAGCUUUGGCUUACCAAUGCCUUAGCCACCGCCCAAAGCAAAGACCCAAAAUGAGUGAUGUGGUCAAGACAUUGGAACCACUUCAGGACUACCAAGACACCAUGAUCGGCACCUUCGUUUACACGGUUCCGACCCAAAGUGGUUCGCCAAAAGAAGACAAGGACACCGUCACUAAACAACGUGAACCAAAUGAGGUAAAGAAAGAGAAAUCCCAUUAUCAAAGAAACCUCGAACCCCAUCACCGCCACCAUAGGCAUCUCAGAUCACCGGGGAUGUCUCUGAUUCACCGGCAAGCGUAAGAGUAUAUGUUAGCC